UCAGUAUAAUUUUUAUCAUCACCGCUGACGGACCGCGCUUUGGUGGUGGUACGCGCGAACGCACUUUCGCGAGCUAGCAGUAGACGACCCGUGCGAGGCGGAGGUGUCAUUUCAUAGCUUAAUGAAAACAUUCAAACUAGUGAGUGAAGUUGAAAUGUAAAUUCGAAAGCGUGUGAAAUUGUGACCAAAAAAAAAAAACUGUUCUUGGAAGUGUAAAAUAUGCGUGAAAGUGGGAUAAAGUGAAUGAGAAUGAGGUGUACAAGAACAAUCUGAUGCACUGCGAAACAAUAGCAGCAAAAUGGUACAACAAAUGAUCGGAAGUGAAGUGAAAGAAGCAAAACGGCUCAAGUGAAAAGGAAGAAAAUGGCGCAUUAGAAGAUUUCACAACGUUGUCGAGUCUUCGAUCCAAGGAAGUCACGAGGGUUGUCCUGAAACCGUCGUGCAUGGCCUACUAUCGGAGGAAGGAUAAUCCUUCGUAAUGCCGUUCCACAUGUGGCACGGUACCAAUGAACUAGUUUAGCUACUUCCAGUCAUAGUGAUAGUGUUUCGUCGUGUGUUUAGGUGUCUUCAAGAAGGCAGUUUUUGAGGCAGUAAUAGUACUUGCAAACACUGCAAACGACCUUCACGUCGUGUAAUGAAACAGUGUUCGGGUUGUUACUAUUUAUUGCUGUGUUUCCUGUGAAGUGAAUAGAAAAAGAAGUUUAAGGGCACACAAGCAAGCUGGUGUGAUAAUUGGAUCUGGACGUGUGGUUAGUGUGUGAGGUUUCUGGCGGUGUGCUUCCAGAGUACUACAGGACGCGUUGGCGAAUUGGGAAAUCUCAAGAGAAUCAUAGCACCGAAAGGAAAGCUCCGGUGAGACCUCCAAAGGACUUCAAAAGUAAUGGUGUAACACAGCCGACGUGCUUCAAGCGGAGUGCGAGCUUUCAGUUUGCUGCCUGUUCCCGAGCUACCGCACGAAACAAGGCCUGCGGAUUGUCCUGCAACCUCGUUAAAGAUAUCCGAAUCUGAUAUUACGGCAUGGGAUAACGGAAACUCACAAUAAAUGAGUUUAUAUUUAUUCAUCACAAAACAGCAAAUCCCACCACACAGGAUACUGCUUUCGUUCGCAUCGUUUGGUACGCCGAGCUGCAACACGUUUUAAUGACCACUUACGUUAAUUUGGUGUCACGAACGGUAACGGACGGUCGCAUCGGUCGGUGUCGGGCGGGGAGUCAAGCGAACCGGACGGUCGAAAGCGAACGCACCCCUAUUCCGCUGGUGGCAACGGACUUGUAACGAGCCCUCGAAUGUACCACAAGGACGGAACCGUAGAUGUGAAGCUAUUAGCCGACCUUGGGUACAUAGCCGACCGUCUUCGGAACCUCGAGCAGAAGUGGGAUUUGACCGAGCUGAAGGAUUUGCACCGGCGCAUCGUACUGAAGUUUGACGAUCCUCCCACGAGCGUACUGCGGCUGCGCGAAACGCUCGCGCUCACGCCGACCGUGCCACCGGGUUCCCCGGAGCAGCAGGAGGAGGUGGUGAUCGUUGCCGAUCAACAGACACCCUGUGUCGUGGUGGAAGAAUGUCCCGAAACAUCCCCUGAAGCAUCGAAAGUAGUGAGCUGCAGCGGUGAGGAUGAUAAUGCGAGUAACGAAAGGAUUGUCUGGGACGCUGGAAACGUUGACGGAAAAGUGCGCAAACUAGACGAGCUAGAGGAUCUGGUGAUCGCUUUCUAUCGCAGCUGUGGUCGACGCCAUUCCGGGUGUAGGGUGGAGCUUGCGGGCAGUCGCGACAGUCCCGAACACAGCCGGGCACGAACGAAACGAACCAAAAAGAAGCAUUCGAUCGGGAAGGAGACCGAUAGGGCAUCAUCAUCCCAGCAACAAGGUCAGCAGGAACAGCAGCAACCCGAUCCUGAUCGUACUAUGAACCAAGGCACCGACCUGGACCAGGAUCGGGAUCAUCACGCACGUGCUGCCACAUCGUCCGCAUCGUCCGAAUCCGGUGCACCCGUACCGUGCAUCGACACACGAAUAGCUUCGCAGCCGUUGCGCUCGAUACACGGCGACUGCAGCAGCUCGACCGGGCCCGGUUCGCUCGAUCGGGAACCGACUCUCGACGACGAGGAGGACACGGUUACGCUGACGGCCGAAACGAGCAGUGAAUGCUGCAGCCAACAGACUGUGGUAGCGUUGGCGGAAGCGGGGCCAUCGCCUGUCCCUGACCCGACCGAAACCGUCGCCGGCAGCGAUACGACCACCGACGACGACGACGGCGACGACGACGAACACGACGAAAACGACGGUGAUACGGGUGGGUCCGGUGCGGAUGCCAACGAUGAGGCGGACCCGGGCGACACGUGCACUAGGCGAGAGUCCACGCUAGAGAAGGCUUCGUCCCAGUCGUCGUCCCGGCGGUGCUCGCUCGGCGGGGAGUUUGAGACGGACCAGAACCGACGGCUCCGUCGUCGACUGUCCGAGCUGACGAACAACUUCUGCACGCCGAAGCAGUUCCAGCAGCUGUGUGACAAUCUGGACAGUAUCACCGACAGCGAUCUUAAGCUGCUGAUAAAGGAGCUGAAGAGGAAGAUCGAAUUUGCCGAAAGGAUGAACUGGCUGUGUCUGUCGAGUAGACCGCGCGGUCCACCGCAUCGGAAAACUAGCCUACCAAAGCAUACGGACGUGAAGAAGCGCUUUCUGGAAACGUGCGACCGGACGCUGUCGGACGAGGUGAAGGCCGCCCUGCGGCUGCCGGCGUUCGAUUCGUACGAGUGGGAAGACUGGGACGUGAUCCACCUAAUGCAGACGAUGUUUGUCGAGCUGAAUUUGCUGGAAAAGUUCAACAUACCGAUCGUGACGCUGCGCGAGUGGUUGUACGAGGUGUACAAGCACUACAACGAUGUGCCGUUCCACAACUAUCGCCACUGCUUCUGCGUCGCCCAGAUGAUGUACGCCAUCGCAUGGCACACGAAUCUGGUGCAGCGACUGGGCGAGCUGGAGGUGUUGGUCUUGCUGGUAUCCUGCAUCUGUCACGAUCUGGACCAUCCCGGUUACAACAAUAUCUAUCAGAUUAACGCACGAACCGAGCUGGCGCUGAGGUACAAUGACAUUUCACCGCUGGAAAACCAUCACUGCUCGAUCGCGUUUCGAUUGUUGGAACACCCGGAAUGCAACAUAUUUCGCAACAUGAGCAAGGAGAUGUACAAGGAUGUACGGGAGGGUAUUAUCCGGUGCAUAUUGGCCACCGAUAUGGCCCGACAUAACGAAAUCCUCACCCAAUUUCAAGAGGCUACACCCGAAUUCGACUACAGCAACAAGGUUCACACGAAUUUGCUCUGCAUGGUUCUGAUCAAGGUGGCGGACAUUUCGAACGAGGCGCGCCCGAUGGAUGUGGCGGAACCUUGGGUGGAUCGGCUGCUGCAAGAGUUCUUCGCCCAGAGCGCAGCGGAAAAGUCUGAAGGUUUGCCGGUGACACCGUUCAUGGAUCCGGACAAGGUGUCCAAGCCCGGUAGCCAGGUGCGCUUCAUCGGGCUGGUACUGUUGCCACUGUUCGAAGCGCUCGGUGAACUGUUGCCCGAACUGACGGAUCUUAUCAUCACUCCGGUGCGGGUGGCACUCGAUUACUAUCGACGCCUGAACGAGGCGGCCAACAAAACGCGCCGAUCGAUCGCGGAAGCGGAAGCAGCAUCCUCCGAGAGCGGUGGCUCACCGCAGCUACCCCGUUCGCAGUCCGGCAUCAGCGUCAAAUCGCGACGUAGUAUUCCCUCGCAAAAGUCCGCGUCUCGCACGUCUGUUGAUGAGCCUAUUUUAAUUGCAGCCGAACUGCACGACCUACCGGAGGGCAGCGAGAGCGGUGACUCCGAGACGGCCACCGAAGUCGACGUGGCGGAGAAAACGUCCAAGUUCAAGGUGGACACGGAAAGCAUCCACCGCAAACAGUCGCACCCGAACUCCCGGAAGGGUAGCCGCGAGAAGCGCCCGUCGAUGAUCGGUGAAUACUACACCACAGGUACGCGCACCCGUGGCUCGCACGGCAACAUACAGCAUACUAAUAAUCGCACGUAUUUUGGUUCGAAUCGCGCCAUUAGCCUAGACCAGUACAGUAACAACCGGCGCAUGUCGGACGGCGUCCCGAUACAGACGGUCCACUCGGACAACAGCGUGCUGUACUACCACCACCAGCGGCAGCACCGCAGCCUCGACCACGACACGAUGUGCUCGUCCUCGGACAGGAGCACCAGCCUGAACAGUACGCAGGACGCGGUACCGCCGGCAGCGUCGGCCGACCCAGCCAACCUGCCGGCGACGGGGAAGCAGCGGUUGGGCAAGCUGUUUGGCAGUAGCACCGGCGGCAGUUCCGGUGGCCCCGGUGGCACCGCAUCGACGGCAGUGGCAAAUCUGAAAAAUAACAACAGCGGCGGUGCGGCCGGAUCGAGUAGCGGCGGGGCCGGUAAACACUUUUGCCGAAUGUUAAGCUUUAACCAGCAGCAGAAGCUGGACAAGCUGCGCACAAACAACAACAACAGCCAGAACAAGAACAACAACAACAACAGCAACAACAACAACAAUAAUAAUGGCAGCGGCACGGAAGGCAACAGCAACAAUAAUAAUAACAAUAACAAUAGCAUUAGCAACAAUAAGAAUGCGGCCAACAGCCACGCGAAGCAUCUCGAUGGACGGGAUGGGCCGUGCUUUGCGGCAGGAGUGCGCCCGCGUGCAGGGACCGCUGGUGGUGGUGGUGGUGGUGGUGGUGAGGGCGGAAUCGAUGGGACCAUUUCCGGGAGUGUCGGAGGCGGCGGCAGUGAGGAAGCUGGUGACGGUGAAGACGGUGUAAAAGGUGGCAAUGGUAAUGGCAGCAGGAAUGGAACGGCCGGCCGCACCGGCCCAUCGUCCGCCGCGUCGACCGGCUCGAAAUCGUUCCUGUCCCGGUUGCGCCAGUUUACUGGCCGGCUCAGCUUCAACUUUGACUCGCGGGAAUCGAAAAAGCUGCAGCUGCUGGCGGCGAAUGCGCCCGAUCGCGUGAAGUCGUCGUGUGCCGGUGUGCCAGCGCGGGACCAUCAGCAUCGGCUGGAGAAGUCGCGCACGGUCGAUGUGGGAGAUCUGGGACCGGUAGCGAUCUGUGGCGACGGUACCAUGAGCACUGGUCAGCAGCAGCAGCCGCCCGCUGCUAGCGUUAGCAGCACGUUGAUGGUGCAUCAGCAUCACGCGGCGGGACUGGUGCCAGGUGAGUCCUUCUACGGUGGAGGACCGCCGGUGGUAAUGAACCAGCCCAAAUCAAUUUCGCCCAUCCUCAUGCAGCACCGCCACAGUGAGGUGCUCGGUCUGGGUGGCCCGGCAGCGGCCCGCAGCCGUGCGUACAGUCUGGACGUACCGAUCGGGGGACGGCACUGUUGCCGCAGUCUCAGCGGCAGUACGACCGGCGGGGGAGCCGGUUCUAGCUGCGGCGGUAGCCACAAGAGUCUCACCUUUUCGCUCAACAACCGCUCGCUGACGGAGGACAACGAUGGCGGUGGCAGUCUGGCGCUCGUGUCCAGUGAUCGUAAAUCGGGCGUUGGAGCCGCAGUACGGAACGGGACCGAUCAUUCGUUUGCGGACGAUCCGUCCUGUGCCAUUGCCGGGAAUGAUGUGCCGGUACCGGGUGAAACCAUUUGACAUCAGCAGCAACUCCAGCAGCAGCAGCAGCAACGUAUGCUACACCACACGAACUCUUCGUACGAACCGUCGCUGCAGGGCAUCCUGCUCACCUCGACCUCCCUGCAGGCCGACUCGCCCCAGUCACAGCAUCGGGGCGGACCCGUGGCACGCACUUCGCUCGACUCGGAACGACGGGCACCGUUCGCCGAGUCGGAAUCCAUCUCGUCCAAGCACACGUCCGCCCUGGUGAGCUACUGGAUCUGUUUGACCGAGCGCAUGAGCUCGCUGAUCUGCAAAUGCUGCGAGCGUACGCUACCGCCGGCGGAAAGCGUCUAGUGUCUACCGGUGGCCGGUGAUGCACGUGCUGGAAGAGCUGGACCGUUUUAAAUCGGACUGCAGCUGGCAUGUUUCGUUAUGUUGUCCGUUUUUGCAACGGUCCAAAUUUGAAUCUUUCUACUUUUUGCUACUCUAUUACGUUGUUGUUGUCAGAUUUUCUCCAUUUUGUUUUCCAUUUCUAUUGUGAAUUUGGGUUGCGACAUGUGUUAGCGCUAUUUUAUUACCUUGACUUGUAAUUAUUCUGGACAACGCGAGCUUAAGUCACGUGGAGGAAAGCAAGUAGCACUUUAAAGAAUGUUUAGAUUUAUAGAGAACGAACAUGCCAAAACUUAGGAGAAACAUAUUUAAACCAAGCAAGUCAAAAUUAGUUUGCUGUGGAAGACGAACGCGCGUGUGAUUAGACUAUAGAACGGGAAAGGAAAAGAAAAUAUCUCAAUCGGGGGGGGGGGGGGGGGGGGAGGGAAAACAAUUGUAUAAAUGAACUUGAACGAUACGUUCCGCAAGGAAAUACUCCCCCUUCUUCCCAGCAAAGCACAACUCCAGGAAAAACAUGAGAUCUGAAUCUAAUGAAAACAUAUCACUAAAACGUACCAAUUCAAAUGCAACCGAUUACAAUUCACUCAUCCCCAUCUUUUCUACCACGGCUAGUAAGCAAACCAACCAAACCAAACCAAACGAUCUUUGACGACCCUUUUUCUACAGAGCACAAUUUUACACCACCAAAACCCGAACAUGGAUAUCAGCCGUUGCUGAUCUUAGUGGGGGGAAAACCCUUGCGUGCGUUCCCUGUGUAUAGUCGGAUAUGGAAAUGAGCAGUAGAGAGCGCGUACGCGCAAAAUAUCAGAUUUCAAGCUACAGAGCAACAUUACUAAAAGGAACAUUUCCCACAAACGUUUUACAACAAUCGCCUAAUGGACGAAGAUGGAGAGGUUCGAGCGGAUUCGAACUGCAGUCUUCUGCACGGAUGUUGCGGGCGCUUUCGAACCUUUUUGGUAUCGUCAGCGAAUCUAAUCGCUAACCUCUCCAGCAUUAUUGUCUAAAGACUUAGUGCCAGCUUCACGCCGCACUUGAGGCGCACCUACGUUUUGCCAAACUGUCUUACGGAGCUGCGCCACAAGCCAGAGCCACAGAGCAUAACCAAACAAAAAGGAGAAGAAAAAUGUGUUAUGAUAAAAAGCUUUUAAAAAAACAAACCCCGGAAAGCAGACACACACAGCGUCGAGGCACAAAACCACACACACACACGUAAAGGGAUUUAAAAACAACACACGCAACAAUGACGUAGAGGUAACGAAACCCCCCCGGAGCUAGAGUAAUUUGAUAUUAUUAGAACUGACUAACAAUCAUGUUGCAGGCGACAUUAUACAUAAUAAACUUCCCACAACCACAAACUGGCUCUACUCGGUCUGCUUAACCUGGUGUCUAAAGGAACUGUUAUGCUGUAUGUACGUGUAUGCGUGUAUGAGUAUGUGUGUGUGUGCGUGUGUGCGUGAUGAAAGGGAGAGACAAACAAAAAAGCCCAACCCUAGAGUGUUCACCAUCCCUUGGCCAUCGCUUUUGCCCCCAAGCUUCACUUGCAACAGUGAAGCAACCAAGCAGCGAUAGUUGUAGAACAAAACACAAUUUGUUGUUCAGAUCAGUAAAAUAGUAAAUGGACAUUAAAUCAUAAGCAACAUGUAACAUGGAAACGAUGAAUGGGAUUCGGUGGAGAAGAAAUCAGAAGAGGAAAGGUAAAUUGGGAAAAAAAUGUAGGGAAAAGAUGACUCGUUCAAUUGCUCUCUAAUUGCAUUUUCUCUUCUCUAUGCCUGAACCGUAUGCGUUUGCUUUAACUGUUUUGUUUGCUUCUUUUAAUAACGAUUCGGUUGUUUCAUAUUGCUAUACUUUUUUUCUUAAACUUUAUUAUAUUUUUCCAAAUUUACAACCACAGUUCGAAUUAUUUAAACUUGUUUUUUCCCCAAAACCAAAACUGUACGAAGAGCCUAUUUAAUGUGAAAGCUGUGGCUGUGUGACGUCAAACAGGAAGACCCCCACCACCUGACUGAUAUUCUUCCUCUUCCUCUUCUUCUUCUGCUUCCACUCCUCUCGGCCUUCUAUAUCACACCAGGUGCAAUUAGAGUACGCGAGUAAAAAGGGGUAAAUUAAAUGGGGAGAAAAAAUAGAGCAUAAAAUGUAACAGUAACACAAUUAAAUGCAAACAAAAAAACGAAAGACAAAAUAUGUAAAACAAAACAGGUUAGCAAAAAAAAAAAGGAAAAAUGUAACACUUAUUACUUGUGUUGCAAACAGGAACAGCACAAACCAGUAGAACAGAACAAGAGAAGAAAAACGAUAACAAUCAAUGCAUUUUUCCCCGGCAUGUGGUGUGGCGGCCAUCACGAAUUGUGUGUGCCUGCCCUGCCCACUGGGUGGCCCCCAAAGUUUUCAACAAGACUACGGUUACAUCACGAUCGAGGAAUCAUCGGUAGCUUAGGAUCUCAAAAAUUGUCAAAUUAGUGUAUGUCAUCGUCAGGUUCGAAUUGAAUGGAAUGAAAGAGGGGUGAUAUUUAAUGUGCCAUUAGGAAAAGGGGGGACGGGGGGACAGGAGGGGAGGGCUGGGAAAUUUGGAGCCAUUUCUAACGGAAAAAUUCAAUCUAAAGCAAGGACCUUGUCGGGAUAGGGCGAGUGGGUCUAAUGCUAGGUCGCUAGGUAUUCUCACCAUAUGUGUGUGUGUAUUCGCUGUACUGUCCUGUGUGUCCUGUAUCGUCGUGAGCCGUGUGUUUAGGGUGACUGUUUUCGAAAAUGGACCAAUAGAAGAAUAUAAACACCCUGUCUCUCUCCCUCUCUCUCUUAUCAAGAUAUUAAAACACACAAAGACCCCAUCUCCCUAAACAUUGGACUCCCGUAAUGGUCCUAAAUGGGCAGAGAAGCAUAACACACCCCGAUACGUAGCGAUAGAUUGAUAUUUAGCCAAACUAUGAGGCAAACACACACACACACAAGCUGUGGUCGGACUGUAAAUAUAAAGAAUAUGUUGGGCUACUAGGUCUAAGUCUAACGCGCCCUCUCUAUCAACACUCACCUUGCGAACAGGAGGAACCACCGCGCAAACCAAAUGCCAGGUGGCUUAGUGAAUUUAGUGUCUCGUUAUUGUAAAUGUGUGUACAUGUUUGUAUGUGUGUGUGUGUGCGUGUGCGUGUAUGUAUGUAUGUGUACCCUUGUGAGAGCAUCAGCAAGCUCAUCUCAUCAGGCCACGUUCCCCACAGAGGCGCUCCGAACGCACAAAGCAUCACGCAAAUUAGCUAAAUUGUGUGCAGUUAAAGUUAAGGCGUGCGCACGUAACGAAAACUCCCAGCCAAAUAUGUUGAAAGCAAACGAUCAGUGUAGUAUACAGCAUGCACGUAAUUGUAGUAGGACAUGAAAUGCACGUGCUCGGCACCACACGUCCUCUCUGUCUGGGCUGGGCCCGAUCGUGACUGUGCGAGAGUACGGGAGAGAUCCCUGUCUGUCUAAUGUGUAUCUGUUUGUUGUGUGUUUUGCACAAGGUGCUUAGCGUAGCCGAAGGACGGGAUUGUUGUUAUUACGUAGCAGAACAAGGGACUCUACUGUAAAGACUAUCACACUAUCACACCAUUGCUAUUGCGAUAGCCACAUACUACUACUGUCAAACAGAAUAAUUUAAUAGAGCAGGGUAACGGGAUGCAAUGGCACCGGCAUGCAAAUCCCUCCCCCCAAAAAAAAAAAGAAAA